AUGGCAGAACCUGAUAUCAGUAUUAAAAUACCCAUCGGAGGAGAUGGAGAAGGUAUGGGAUUCGGUGCUGCAAUCUCCGAAAAACUAGCUAGCACUAUCAGUAAUAUGGACGUAGUUAGCACUCUGCAAAAGAUGAUUUCCACUAUACCGGAAGAUGAAGAGUCAGAAGACAUCCGCAACAGAUUGAAAAAUGCUAUUGAACAAUUUCAACUUAUGAGUGACGAAGAAAAGGCUGAAUUUACCCUCAAAGUGAAAGAAGGUCUGAUGAGCAAACUUCAAGCUAAACUGGAAGAAAGUGGUGCUUUAAAUCAACUCGAAGACGCGAUCAGGGGGGCCGUAAUGUCUAAACUGUAUAUGAUCGCUGCUGGAUUCAUUUUACUAGUCAUCUUAUUAGUUUUCUUCGGCUACAAACUAUACAAAUCGAUAAAGGACAAAGAAAAGAAGAAGGAAGAAAAGAAAAAGGCCAAACAAUCGAAGAAGAAGAAGUGA